AUGGCUCCAAAGGGGAGUAGUGUCGCGUGGGACCAUUUUGUGGUCAAGGACAAGGAUCAGUACAUGGCCGAGUGCAAAAUGUGUAAGACUCAGUUAAGUUUUAAAGGUUCUGUGUCUAACUUGACAAAACAUUUGAAAAGGAAGCAUCCUUUGGUCAAUUUAGUGCCACGAAAUUCUUCGACGUCAGCUUCCAUAUCGCUUAACUCGGAAUCACCAUCAUCACAGGUGGCAACGGCAACGACUUCAUCAAGUGAUACGACCGCAAACGAUCGAUUAUCACCAGCAGCUAGUACCAGUAAUACUGGUACAGUGCGUGUAGUACAGUCAGGCACAAAAACUAUAGCUGCAUAUAUUUACAAGAAGAACGCCGAUAAAUGUAAAUCCGAUAUCGAUCAAUUGAUCAUGGAUCUAUUUAUUCUGGACUUUCAACCAUUCCGCAUUGUAGAAGACAGGGGUUUUAGAAAACUGAUUCAGUCUGCAUUUCCAUUUUAUAUAAUUCCCACACGCAAGUACUUUGCAAACAACUUACUACCGAGCCGUUAUGAAAGUUUGCGGGAAAUAAAAAUGGUCGAACUUCGAAAUGUUGAGUCAAUAUGCAUCACAGCUGAUAUUUGGACUUCAAGUACCAAUGAUUCAUUUUUAGGUGUUACUGGCCAUUAUAUUGACAAAGAUGAGUAUGUGCUUAAGUCCAUAUUACUUGAAUGCGUGCUUCUGGAUGGUUCCCACACAAGUAUUAAUUUAGCAACGGAGCUGUUGCGAGUAGCAGAGGAGUGGCAAGUGGCGAACAAAAUUCUGCUGGCAGUUUCGGAUAAUGGAUCCAAUAUUAAAAAAGCCAUAGAAAAGGAUUUAGGCUGGAAGCAUUUUGGCUAUUACGCCCAUUCUCUCAAUCUGGCCGUACAAGAAGCGAUGUCGAAGUCAGAGGAAGUGACUGCAUUGGAGGGCAAAAUAAAAACGAUUGUCAGUUAUUUCAAAAGAUCCGCCAAAGCGUGGGAAAAAUUGAAGAAGUAUCAGGAGCAGGCCGGAAAGACUGUUAAAAGACCACUGCAGAGUGUGAGUACAAGGUGGAACUCCAUCUUUUACAUGAUGCAAAGGAUUCUCGAAAUCAAAGAAGAGAUUAAUAGUUCUUUAUGUAAUUUAAAUGCCAGUGCUAUGUCACUAUCCCAAUUUGAUUGGGAGCUUUGUGAAAAUGUGACCAAAAUUUUAAAACCUUUUGAAGAAGUGACCAAAGAAGUGAGCGCCCAAAAAUAUGUUUCGGGAAGUAUUGUUAUACCUAUCACAACGGGACUUAUAGCCUCUUUGGAAAAUAUGGAUACAAGUUCCUAUCUUGAAACUGCCCAAAUGUUUAAACAAGACUUAUUAGGCGCUAUAAAAACUAGGUUUGCUAACUUGGACAGAAGCCGCACUUUCACAGUUUGCAUGUUCCUGGAUCCUAGAUUCAAGUUGUACUUCGAUGAUCCAAGUGUAGCGGAAAAUACGAAACAAAAUGUUAUACAGCUCGUGACUGCUCAAAUUCACAAAGAAGACCGCGUUUCACAGUCAUCCCAAAACGAAAAUGGUUUAAUGGAGCUUCAGGAGUCCACUUCAACACAACCAAGUACCUCUACUUCAGGGGAGGUGCAGAUCUCUUCAGUAUGGCAACAUUACACACAGAGAAUGAAAAAUAUCCAACCGAAAGGAACUGCGUCAUCGAGGGCAAUCAUAGAGGUGCAAAGAUAUUUAGAAGACAAAGUUGUGUUGCCUACUGAAAAAAUCUCACCAUUACAGUGGUGGAAACAAAGGAAAGAUGUGUAUCCGCAUUUACACGCUCUGGCUAUUACAAAACUAAAUGCAAUGGCUACGAGUGUUCCAUGCGAAAGAUUAUUUUCAGCUUGCGGCCUGCUCCUAAAUGACAGACGAACUAGACUAGGCACUCGAAAAGUGCAACAGCUGAUGUUUCUUCAUCAAAAUACAUAG